UAAGCCGAUGAUCAGCUCAGAGCUUCGUCGUUCACAACGCGCUCGCUCGCUCAGCAUCAGCUCUCGACCUUCAGGGUGAAAUUUAGCAGAAAAGGAAAGGAGAAAAAGGGGAAAAGAUGAAGUUUAUAAUGGAAUUUGCUGAGAACUUAGUGCUGAGGAUGAUGGAGGAUCCAAAGGAAAGGGAUAGGAACUUCAGGGAGCACUUGUACCAUUUGAAAGACAGGUGCAACAAGACCAAGGAAAUGUGGAGCCUCCCUCUUCGUCCUUAUGGGUUUUGGACCUUCGAACGCCACAAUUCCCAGAUUUUCUGGGAUGCUCAGAUCAGCCAAGUUCCUGGCCGCCGUGAUCCUUAUGAUGACCUCCUCCAGGGUGCCUACAAUGCUGAUCCUACCUCCACCCAGAAAUAGGUGAGGGUAAACAUCAUGGGAAGUACGAAAGAGACAAAUUGAUCAAGAGCUUUGUUGAUUCUUGAUGCUUCUGUAGCGUCAACCAUAUUCAGACUUGUCAAUACUUUCCCAACUGCUUUAACUCCAAAUAAGGAUGUUCAAAUUGUAAUGUUGUUACUUCACAAGCUUGCUGUUUUUCCUUUUAAGUUUGCUGAUGACUGUCAAGUUGGACUCGUCAAGCCAUUGCCAGAGGCAACCAUGCCCUGAUGUGCUGCCGUGUUGCUACUAAUUAUUUGGUCGAACAUUUGCCUGAAUUCUGCAGAUGGUAAAUUGCAAAGGCACACUUUCGGGCAUUACGGUCUGCCUCCAGAGAUUCAGAUGGUCACGCACCAAUUCUAAUCUCUGUUAGCAUUUUAGUUCUAGAGAUAAGCAAUAAUCCAGUCUAUUGGCAUCCAAAUACUUCUAUCAGAAUAUUUGAGGGUGUGGAAUGUUGAUCCAAAAUGUAUGCAAAUGACGUCCGGGGAAUGGGCAUUUUGA